GCCCGCCCCCUGCGCGCCUUCCUUUUCCUCCCGUUCGGUGACGCGGAGGCCCGGCCCGCGCCUGCUGAUACACUCACACGCUCGCUUCGGCCCGGCCUGCGCCCGCCCCCCAACCCAACCAUGGCGGCUCUCACACGCCUCUCCUCCCGCCUGCGGUUCUGCGCCUCCGCCCGCCGCCCCGGGGGCGCCUGGUCCAAGGGAUGUGUUUGCUACUUUUCAACCAGCACACGUCGCCAUACCAAAUUUUAUACGGAUCCAGUGGAAGCGGUAAAAGACGUCCCUGAUGGUGCAACAGUACUGGUUGGUGGUUUUGGGUUAUGUGGAAUUCCAGAGAAUCUUAUAGGAGCUUUGCUAAAGACUGGAGUAAAAGGACUAACUGCAGUCAGCAACAAUGCAGGGGUUGACAACUUUGGUUUGGGCCUUUUACUUCGAUCCAAGCAGAUAAAACGCAUGAUCUCUUCGUAUGUGGGUGAAAAUGCAGAAUUUGAACGACAGUAUUUAUCUGGUGAAUUAGAAGUAGAGCUGACACCUCAGGGCACGCUUGCAGAGAGGAUUCGUGCAGGUGGGGCUGGAGUGCCUGCAUUUUACACCAGCACAGGGUAUGGGACCCUGGUGCAAGAAGGAGGGUCACCGAUCAAAUACAGCAAAGACGGCAGCAUUGCCAUUGCCAGUAAGCCAAGAGAGGUGAGGGAGUUUAAUGGUCAGCAUUUUAUUUUGGAGGAAGCAAUCACAGGGGAUUUCGCUUUGGUGAAAGCCUGGAAGGCAGACCGAGCAGGAAAUGUGAUUUUCAGGAAAAGUGCAAGGAAUUUCAACUUGCCGAUGUGCAAAGCUGCAGAAACCACAGUGGUGGAGGUUGAAGAAAUUGUGGAUAUUGGAUCAUUUGCCCCAGAAGACAUUCAUAUUCCUAAGAUUUAUGUACAUCGCCUUAUAAAGGGAGAAAAAUAUGAGAAAAGAAUUGAGCGUUUAUCAAUCCGGAAAGAGGAAGAUGUAAAAACCACAUCUGGUAAACCUGGAGAUAAUGUAAGGGAACGUAUCAUCAAGCGGGCAGCUCUUGAAUUUGAGGAUGGCAUGUAUGCUAAUUUGGGCAUAGGAAUACCGCUUCUGGCCAGCAACUUUAUCAGCCCCAGUAUGACUGUCCAUCUGCAAAGUGAAAAUGGAGUCCUGGGUUUGGGUCCUUACCCAUUAGAAAAUGAAGUUGAUGCAGAUCUAAUCAAUGCAGGCAAGGAAACAGUUACUGUUCUUCCAGGAGCCUCUUAUUUCUCCAGCGAUGAAUCAUUUGCGAUGAUUAGAGGGGGACAUGUCAAUCUCACAAUGCUAGGAGCCAUGCAGGUUUCCAAAUAUGGUGACCUGGCUAACUGGAUGAUACCAGGGAAGAUGGUGAAAGGAAUGGGAGGGGCUAUGGAUCUAGUGUCCAGUGCCAAAACCAAAGUGGUGGUCACCAUGGAGCACUCUGCAAAGGGAAAUGCACAUAAAAUCAUGGAGAAAUGUACAUUACCACUGACAGGAAAACAAUGUGUCAACCGCAUCAUUACUGAAAAGGCUGUAUUUGACGUGGACAACAAGAAAGGCCUGACUCUGAUUGAACUCUGGGAAGGCCUGACGGUGGAUGACAUAAAAAAGAGCACUGGGUGCGAUUUCGCAUGUCUACAGUGCCUUCCCACUUCCCACUGCCAUACUGAAUAUCAAAGUGGAUUUAAGCAUAAAUAUCAAUAAAUGUCAUGUGGUCUAAGUACAUGUCUGUGUGACAUAUACUUGAAGUGUCCUCGUUCCAUAAUAUUAAAUAUGUCUGUGUGAAAUCAUCCAAAGGCGCCUUUCAUGUACCACACAGCAAGUCUCGUGGGAGUGAUGCCCAUACCAAUCCCAGUAAGUAAUUGAUAAGACAAUUCCUUCCCUCAAAGCCACAAUCAAACACAAAUGAUAUUUGCUUGUGGAGGUUAAGCAUGCUUGAUUAUCAUGGUCCUCAUUGCCUUUAAUGGGGUGCCACUCUGGGUGGUCCACUUGGAAACGACCUCAGGCAACUAUCCUGGCUUUUUUGUAGCAUGAAUCACGUAGGAUCCUAUUUCCACUGACAAACCAUGAGAGCCCAGGUACCUAAUGCAGUCAUUUUAUGUUUUUGGCUCAUUCCUAGGCAUUCUAUCUGUUACCCUUUAAAUUUUUCAAGAGAAAAUUAUAGACCAGGCUGUCUAUAAUUGGGGAAGCUAGUAAAAUAGUCUUGUUCAGGCUUCAGAGGCAACAAUAGGCCUUUGACUAAACAAAGACCCUGAAAGAGCUACAUGCCGAACUGCUAGACUACAUGCAGCUCAGCAGAAACGGUGCUAGCAAGUCCUGGGAACCAACAGAUAAAGAAGGGAGUAAGUCACGAAGCUUCCUGGGCCUUGGGAAUCUGGCCAGUUCCCGGGGAUCAGCGAACAUUGGACCCUUCCCAACUGGGGCUCCAGAUUGCUGUUACUUGGGACUUCCCAGCUGCUGCUUGGAUCUGGAAGUAGGUGUCGGCCCGAUUCGGUGAUGUAUGCUCUGUUAUAUACUCUGUUUAUAUUCUUAUUCCUUUCCCUCUAAUGAUUGUAUAUUGAAAUUUGUAUACUCUGUUAAUAUUCUUAUUCCUUUCCUUUUAAUGAUUGUGUAUUGAAAUUAAGUUAAAUGACCUUCUAUUAAAGAUUUGAUUGAAGCUGUU